AUGGACGAGCUGAUGACGAUGGACGAGGAGGAGCAACAGCACGGCCGCGGUGGCUCUUCCCGACCGAUGACCAUUGGUGGAGGUCCAAAAUCCAUGUCCAUGGCUCGCCCGAUUCCAGGAGCUAGCGAUCGCUCGCAAAAUGUGCACACCAGUAGUCCGAUACCGUGUCCAGGAGGCCUAUCUCAGAAUUAUAGACAGAUCGUUUCAAGUUCCGCGCCAACCGGCUCAAUCGAUAUCGAGAAAAUGUUGGGCGGAGUUCAGAAUGGCGGAGGGGGCGGAGCGUCCGGUGGAGGCUCGGGCGGCGGAAGCAAUGGAGAUCCGGAUGACUAUUACAGGGACCGUAGGAAGAAGGAUAUUCAUAAUAUGAUCGAACGCCGCCGACGGUACAACAUCAACGACCGAAUCAAGGAGUUGGGACAAAUGCUGCCAAAAAACACAUCUGAAGAAAUGAAGCUGAACAAAGGAACGAUUCUCAAAGCCUCGUGCGACUAUAUUCGAGUUCUUCAAAAAGACAGAGAACACGCUCUCAAGCAUCAACAGCACCAGAAAAAUCUCGAGGCGGCCGCCCAAAAGUACGCGGACCGUGUCAAAGAGCUCGAGGACAUGCUGGCACGUCAGGGCGUUCAGGUGCCACCAAAUCAUCUGCCACCGAUUCCAAAAUUUAUCGAUAGACCAAUUAAGCAGGAGCUGGAUGACACCUCGCCACCAAAUCACACACCAACCGGAUCAUUCAUCUCAAACUCUGGCUUCUUGUCCGAGGUGACAAACAACACCGCUGCGUUGCAAAUCUCAGCCGACUCGCGCCAAAACUCGUUCAUGAACAACUCAGCACCGUCGGACAGCUUCUUCUCGGUGGGCUCCGCAUCGCCGCCCGAUUACAGGACGAGCGGUGUGACGUCAUGGAAGCUGCCGGGGGCAGGAGGUACGACGACAGGUAACAAUGCUAGCGUGAACGGGGGCGGUGGCGGCGGCGCUGGAAAUUCGUUCUCCGACCUCAUGAUGGACGAUCUCAAUCCUAUGAUCAAUGGUGAUCCACUCAUCUCAUCCGGUGCCCAUCCAUCGCCACACUUCCACAGCUCUCAAAUGUCGCCAGAAAUCCAUUGGGACGCGUCGGGCUUCUCACCGGACCCAAUCAAUCCUAAUCAAUCAUCUGGCCAUUAUCACAUGGAUUUUUCUUAA